AUGGCUACAAAGGCUCAAUCUCAAUGGAUUUCCAUUCCAAGUGAAUUAAACGGUUCCAUUCCUCGAACCGAUGCAUUGGUCAAAGCUCGUAUUCAAUUUGAAAGUGAUUUACUAUUAGUCGGUGAAUUACGUAAAAUUGAAAAGGAAGCCAUUGAACAAACAGUACAAGAAUUAGAUCAGUUAACUGGAUCAGUGAUAUUAACAGAUGGAGAGCAAACGAAACCCUCGUUUCUUACCUAUCCAAUUAAUGAUCUGAUUUUCGAAUGUUACAAGUUUGAUAAUCAAUGGUUUCAAAUUACAUUCACAGACGGUCAUAUACGAACGUUACCACGUCUUAUCAAAGCACCGUUCAGAUAUGCGACGUACGCUUACAAAUACUUGGAUGUGGCGAAACUUUUAACGAAAAAGCCGGUUAAACAAGCAGUGGUCACAGCGUCAGCGCUCUCAUUGGUCUAUUCACCUCAUCUUCUGAAAACAGGUUUUAUUGAGAAAUAUUCGUACGAACAAUUUUUGAAAGAUUUGACGAAUGAAUGUGAACGAGA